AUGGAUUCCCAGGUGCGCCAGAACUACCACCGCGACUGCGAGGCUGCCAUCAACCGUAUGGUGAACUUGGAGCUGUAUGCCUCCUACACCUACCUCUCCAUGUAUGCCUAUUUUGAUCGUGAUGAUGUCGCCCUUCACCAUGUGGCAGAGUUCUUUAAGGAGCACAGUCAUGAGGAGAGGGAGCAUGCCGAGAAGUUCAUGAAAUAUCAAAACAAGCGUGGAGGACGCAUUGCCCUGCAGGUCAUCAAGAAACCAGAGCGUGAUGAGUGGAGUAACACCCUGGAGGCCAUGCAGGCUGCUCUAGAGCUGGAGAAGAACGUGAACCAGGCUCUUCUAGACCUGCACAAGCUGGCCACGGACAAAGUUGACCCCCAUCUGUGUGACUUCCUGGAAUCUGAAUAUCUGGAGGAACAGGUGAAGGAUAUCAAACGGUUUGGAGAUUUCAUCACCAACCUGAAACGCCUUGGGGUGCCUGACAACGGCAUGGGCGAGUACCUGUUUGACAAGCAUAGCGUGAAAGAGAGCAGCUAA